AAGACAUUUUAGGUUUAGAAUCUUUAUUCAAGUUCAGCAAUCGUUUUCGUACCAAAGUGUAAAAAAUUAUAUCUAUUUUAAUUUUUGAAGUAAGAAAUGACAAACGAGAAAAAAACUUCCAUUGCAAUUAUUGGAGCUGGAGCAGCAGGUUUGCCAGCUAUUAAACAUUUUUCUGAUGAUCCAUUAUUUGAAUGUGUUGCCUUUGAACAAAAUGAUGAAGUGGGUGGUGUUUGGAAAUACACAGAACAAACAGGAACUAAUCACUAUGGCAUUCCUGUCCAUUCUGCAAUGUACAAAAGUCUAAAAACAAAUUUGCCAAAAGAAGUAAUGGAAUAUCCAGAUUUUCAUUACCAGAUUAAAGAGAACAAGUCCUAUUUGGAUGGUAGUAGUGUACAACAAUAUUUAGAAGAUUAUGCUGAAAAUUAUGGAUUAAAAAAAUAUAUUAAAUUUAACUAUCAUAUAAAAAAGGUUAAUCCCUUGGAAGGCAAGCGAUGGCAAAUUAUUGUGACUAAUUUAAAAACAAAGAUCAUAGAAACGUUGGAUUUUGAUCAAAUAAUAAUUUGUACAGGUAACUUCUGUCAUCCAAAAAUACCAAAUAUCGAAGGAAUUGAAAAUUUCAAAGGUAUAACAAUUCAUAGUUUUGAAUAUAAAGUACCUUCCAAGUUCGAAAAUAAAAAAACGGUAGUUGUUGGCAGUGGAUUUUCUGGCUUGGACAUUUCAUUUGAAAUUUCGAAUACAGCUUCAAAAGUUUAUUUAAGCCAUCAUUCUGAAAGACUUAAAAAUUCUCUUUCUGGAAAUAUUCCUUCAAACUUUAUCCAAAAAGGUGAUAUACAUAAUAUUUUGGAAGACGGUGUUAUAUUUGAUGAUGGUUCAUUUGAAACAGUUGAUUCAAUCAUAUUUUGCACAGGAUAUAAAUUUGAUUAUCCAUUUUUAAGCCCGGAGUGUGGUAUUUACAUAGAAAAUAACCAUAUUCAACCACUUUUUAAGCAUAUAGUUAACAUUGAACAUCCUACAAUGUGCUUUUUAGGUAUUCCUAUCAAAACAGCCCCGUUUCCUUUGUUUGAUUUACAAGCACGAUUCGCUAAAACAUUUUUAUCAGGAACUAAAUGUCUACCUAACAAAGGAGAUAUGUUAGAAGAUACUCGUAAAGAUGUGGAAAAAAGAUUAGCUAACGGAGCGCGAAAAAAUGAACUACACGAUUUAGCUGCAAAAUCUAAGGACUAUUUUGAUGAUCUUGCUAAUUUUGCUGACAUUAAGCCAAUAGCUCCUGUAAUUCUUCGUAUUUUUUGCGAGGCUUUUAUGCGUGUCAUGACUAAUUUUUUCAGCUAUCGAAAAGAUUUGUAUAAAAUUAUUGACAAAGUUCACUACACCGUCAAAUAUACAUAUGAAGAAAAUCCCAUCACGAAGUGAAACAUGUAGUUUAAAAAACUAAAGAGUAAUAAAAUUAUGGAUAUAACUGUUAUUUGAUUAAGUUUAACAUUUGUUAAAAAAGUAACUUAUAUAAUUAAUAUUUUUUUUUAUUAUUAUCAUAUAUAUUAUAUUAAUUUUCCAAUUUCAUUAUUUAGAUUUUGCUAAAUAUUUGUUUAGAAUAAAAACAGAUGUUCAAAUAUACAAAAAUAAUUUAGUCCUA